AUGGCAUGGAACCAGCAGAACGGCAAAGCAGACAAGGAAGAGGCAGAGUCUCCAUCAAGAUCUGGAAGCUUCUCAGGUAGCUGGAGGGAGGCAGAUGAGCUCAGGGAAUUACAAUGGCUCCCACUGGCCCUGGGUCAAGAAGAUGACUCCUCAGGCCCCAAGAGCUCCUCAGACGACUCCUCCAAAACAGUGGGUCUUCUCAGCAGCCAGGCCCCGCUGUCCCCUCUGAGCCGCUGGAUGCUUCACAGCAAGAGCAGAGCAGCCAACUCCACCUCUCUAGAGCUGCCCUACCGCUCCCCCAUCCCUUUCUCCAAGCAGGACUUCUCCAAGCAGGAGUUUUGGGAGAUGCUGGGCAGUGACCUUCUCAAGCCUGACGCCUUGAGUUCCCGUGUCAAGCGCCGACCAAUCGUGAAAACUGGCAAAUUCAAGAAGAUGUUUGGUUGGGGAGACUUCUACUCCAACAUCAAGACGGUGCGUCUCAACCUGCUGAUCACUGGCAAGAUCGUGGAUCAUGGCAAUGGCACAUUCAGCGUCUACUUUCGCCACAACUCCACGGGCCAGGGCAACAUCUCUGUCAGCCUGGUGCCACCGGUGAAGGCAGUCGAGUUUGACCUGGAGCGCCAGAGCGUGGUCUACCCCAAGGACUCCAAGAUCUUCAACUGCCGCGUGGACUAUGAGAAGGUGGACCGCAGCAAACGCACUUCGCUGUGCAACUAUGACCCAUCCAAGACCUGCUUCCAGGAGCAGACCCAGAGCCACGUGUCCUGGAUCUGCUCCAAGCCCUUUAAGGUCAUCUGCAUCUAUAUCUCCUUCUACAGCACAGACUACCGCCUGGUCCAGAAGGUUUGCCCUGACUACAACUACCACAAUGAGAUGCCCUACCUGCCCUCGGGCUAG